AUGUCCGGCGAAGCGUGGCUCUACCUGCUCGCGGUGCUUAUCAAUGCCGUGAAUCUGUUCCUGCAGGCAAGUUUCAUCAUAGCACGCUUGAUCUGGAGUGGUGAGUGGUUCCCUUCCUGCCAGCCACAGACAGAGAGAGAGAGACUGACCUGGAUCCCCUUUCUGCGCAGCGACUACAUCAACCCGAUCGACCUGUGCAACCGCCUGAAUGCCUACAUCAUCCCCGAAGCUGCCGUCCACGCGUUCCUGACCUUCCUCUUUGUCAUCAAUGGCUACUGGCUCGCGAUCCUGCUGAACCUGCCUCUCCUGGCGUUCAAUGCGAAGAAGAUCUUCGAGAACCAGCACCUUCUGGACGCGACGGAGAUUUUCCGCAAGUUGAAUGUUCACAAGAAGGAAUCCUUCGUCAAGCUUGGUUUCCACCUCUUGAUGUUCUUCUUCUACCUGUACAGCAUGAUCGUCGCUCUCAUCCGCGACGAGAACUGA